AUGGCAAAAGAAGGAGAGGCCGAGGCCGAGGUGGUGGUGCUCCGAUGGCAGCAGCUCCACAAGACCGCCCAGGAGCGAUGCCGAUCCGUGGAAGAACUCGAAGAGGUGCAGUGGAAAGUGUUAGAGGAUCGGGAAUGCCAAGUCCAAUCCAAAGCCAGCAUCGAGCUGGAGCUUGGAUCCGAGCUCGACAAGGCCAAGGAAUCGGAGCGCCGUAUGCUCGAAUCCUUGACCUUUCAAACGAAGCAGCUGGAGCAGACCAAGAUCUUGCUCGAGGAAACCAAGCUCGAAUUGAGAUCGCUCCAGGCGACGACGUCCCUCGGCCACCAGGGCGACGAGGUUGCCGCGCUGCGGAACGAACUCCGCCUAGCGCUCGCGGCAGAGGAGAAGAGCAAGCGCGCCAUGGACGGCCUCGCGCUCGCCCUCAAGGAGGUUGCCACCGAGUCCAGCCGCUUUAAGGUGGAGCUCGAGGCCGCGCGCGGCGAGAUCGAGCGGCUCCGCGCGGGGCUACGCGGCGCGAAGGCGGCGGCGGCGGAGUCAUUGGUGACGUGGCAGGCGAAGGAGGCUGGGUUCUUGGAGUGCGUCCGGACGUGCGAGGACGAUCUGGCCGAUGCGCGGAUGGACCGCGCGCGGACGGCGCAGAAGCACCGGGUGGCGCGGGAGGAAUCGGCAAAGCUCCGGGACAUCGUGAAGCAGGCCAUCAAUGAGGCUUCGGUGGUGAAGGAGGCGCUGGAGAUCGCCCGGCGGGAGAAUGCGCAGCUUCAGGACGCUCUCCGGGUGACUAAGCAGGAGUUGGAGUGCGCCAAGGAAGGCGAGUUGGCUGCGCUGGAGAGCGUCAGGGAGCUACAGAGCCUGCUGGUUUCACCGGACGUGAUCGAUCUUGAGCCGUCGAAGGCGAAGCGGACGGCGAAGUACCGGUCGGAAAACUGGCGGCGGCGGUCGGCGGGCGGAGACAUGUACGGGUUUGAGGGGUCCAUAUUUGACUCGGCGGAGCACUCGCCAAAACAGAGGAUCCCAUCGGAGGAGGAGCAGGAUGAGGUGAAGGCGGUGGCGGUAGGCGGAUGGGACUCGUUUGCGCAGCGGAAAAAGAAGAGGCAGAUCCUCAGGCGGUUCGGCGAUUUGCUACGGAGAAGCCACAAUUAA